AUGGGAGGAGGCGGAGGAGGAGGAGCGACUGACGAGCUGACCGAAGAUGAGAAGAGAGCUCUCAGAGGAAGCAAAUUCGCUCCGCUUACUUCUCUUCCGUCCUCUUCUCGCUCUCAUGAGCCCAGAUUGGCUCAUCCAGGUGGACCCUUGAAGACGAACAAAGCGGCGGCUUUAGCCAAAUUUCUUGAAAGGAAGCUGCAAGACCCUAAUGGGUUGUCUUCCAUUGAUCCCGAUCUUCUCGAAUUGGCUGUCAAAAACGCCAAAGACACCGUUAUUUCCAGUGAGUAG